AUGAAGACCUGCAGGCAUUCUGUGAAGAAGGGAUCUGCUACCGAAGGCCGGGGCCGAGCCGAGAAAGCCAACCUUGACACUGCCCUCGAGACCGCCCUUCUUGCACUCGUUCAGCGCCGGGGAGUACAUAACGAAGUUCCGCGCUUGGAACUGAAACUUGGGGAUGGCUGGCGAGAGGCCAUGCCAGCAACUCAUGCUGUCGUGAAGCGCUUGGCGCUGGCAGAGCAGCACGUCCCAGACUUCUCCAUCUACAGCCCCGACAUUGAGGUGAUAGAUGCGCGUCUCCCAAGCUUCCAGCUUCGUGGCUUAGCCACCUACCAGCAGGUGCUCUCGACAAUGCAGUGGUCUAUCAAGACGACCUGCGACCGCAGCAAAAUGGAGAUUACAUCCCUGACACCGCCGGUCAAUGACCAGAUGUACGUCAGGUGGAGGCUGCACUUGUGGUUCAAAGACGUGCGCUCUCUGCUGGCCCCGGCUUUCGGUGGCUCGCCGAGGAUCAGCCUGGAGGGGCCUUUCAUCGUGGAGGGCUAUUCGCGAUAUCAAUUCGAUCCUUGGUCUGCGGAGAUAGUCAAGCACACCAUUGACAUCACGAAUCCACCCAUGUACCUUUCAGACCUGGUGGCACAGUAUUCUCCCAUCCCUUCGUGGAUGAUGCCAGUCAGCACAGGCCCCCUUGGCGUCCCAAGCCUCACGCGCGCGUGGCCUAUGCACUUCCACAGCUCUGGCGGGGAGGAGAAGGCAUCGGCACCGUUGACAGGUUCCACUGCGCCUAACGCCCGCAGCUCCGGCACGAGUCCUCGCUCAGACACUGCUCGGGGGGCAGUCCUAACAGCAAUGUCUAAAGCUGCGGGCAAGCCUUCAUCUCACAAGAUCUGUUUGCCGGGUCUGCCGCCUCGAAGCCCAGAAGACGUGGGACUUGACUCGCAGGUGCUGGCGGAACAUAGCGAGGCCAACGAGAGACAGAUCGAAAUUGGUUACAUGCCGGGAGUCGCGGAGUGCGCGCUCAAAGACAACUGCCUGGUCUAUGCCGAUAUCCGUGGCUACCAGGAUAAAGAGGCGCGGAAACCAAUGACCGAGAAGUCUUUGUUUCGCUGCCACUCCAUGACGAAGCCGAUCACAGCAGUGGCAUUCAUGGCGUUGUGGGAGGAGGGUAAGCUGGGCUUGGAUGACCCGGUCCACAAAUACAUCCCGGCUUUUCGCCACAUGAAGGUCGCCAAGGGCAAGGUCUAUGAAGAUGCUUGCCGGGCGAUUACACUGCGCCACCUGGUCACCCACACCUCCGGCUUGGGUUAUGGUCCUUCGCGCGAGCGAAAGUCCGAAAAGCUGGAUGAGGGGCCGUACACCAGAUUCGUCAAGCGUGUGGAUGCCGGGCUUGUCCCCAACUUGAAGAGCUUCUGCGACGAGCUCGCAUCAUUUCCGCUACGAUUUCAUCCGGGGGAGAGGUGGGAGUACUCUAUGGGAAUGGACGUGCUUGGCCGUGUGCUGGAGGUGGUGUCUGGAAUGCCUCUGGAUCGCUUCUUCCGGAAGCGGAUCUUCAAGAGGAUUGGGAUGAAAGACACAGCCUUUUCUGUCAGUGCUUUCCGUGCUCGUCGCCGCUUGACCGCGUACUAUGUGACGAAGGCACGGUCAAAGCACAGAAAGACGAAGCUACCCAACAAGUUCUCCGCGAGACGAGCUGAUGGCCGCCAUCCGCAGUUCAGCGCAUGGGUACGUGGCCGAUCGCUGCGAGUGCUUUCCGGAGGUGGCAUCUGCGGAUCUUUCGCAGGUGGACUCUUGUCGUCGCUUCGAGAUCAGGCGCUAUUCUGCGCGGCGUUGCUAAACGGAGGCUACUCACAUGCCAGCGGUCGACGAGUACUGGAGCCCGGAACGGUUAGGAUGCUAUGCCGCGAUUGGCUUCGUAUGAAGUCUGUCGCAGACAAAGAUGUUCUCCCUGGGUGGGGCAUGCAUUCAAUGGGUAUUGGAUGGUGUCCUGUCGGCCAUUGGAUUCCUGAACUUCACGAGAUGUUUAUGGGUGGAAUAACUACAUCCUGGUCCAUCAACUUCCGUGCGAAGAUCAUCCAAGUCACAAUGACCUCCAGCUCCUGCGAUGCUGAUGUUCAUGGAUGGGAUCAUCGAAGAGACGACCUCGACGGUUGCAUCAAGCAUGCGUUGAAGGUAGUCCAGAAGGAGGCAUUUGUGCAGUUGCAGCUGCAUGAUGGUUUCCUGAGUCUGCAAACGAAAGCAGAAGCAUCUGCGCAUGCAUCGCCAAAAGUCCUCGAGGAGAAAGUUGACGAGAUCGCGGUCAUGACAGAGUUUCACGCCGUGCAGCGCGUGAGAUGCAUGGCGGACUGGUCCCCUUCGGGGGGAGAGGGGAGCGAUACACUCUUACGCUCCGACAAGCUGACAGUCAACUUCCGGGGGACCACGCUGCUCCUGGACCAAACGAACGGGGUCCGCCAAGGCAGUCCUGACAGCCCCGUUGCCUUCGGCUCUGUGGUAGCUCGAGACCUCGACGACUGCAUCGGGAAAGCGAAGGACGCUAAACCCGCAUCGGGGGAUCCCCCUCCCGAAGAUGGCGGCAGCUACAUGGACGACACCUACAUCUGGUCCAUGUCCCGUGACCACAUGCAGAAAAUGCUUGACCUGCUGGGAGAAAGACUACCGCACAAAGGCCUCUUCCUGCACCCCGGGAAAGUCGACAUCAUCAGCAACAAGACGCAGACCACUUUCCGAGUUGCGGGAAAAGACGUCCCGACCAAGGGGAAAGACCACAUUAUGACUGUCCUCGGGAGCCCCAUGGCAUUCCACCUCACGCCGGCCAUAGUCAUAGCGGCCAUGCAGACAAGGGGGAGGAAAGCCUUCUGGACCCACCGGGGGGAGUUGAUGGCAAAGGCGCCGAUAUCCAAAAAGCUCAUUCUGCAUACGAUGUUGGUACGCCAAUCAGCGCUAUGGGGCUGCGCCACGUGGCCAUGCCACGCACAAAUACUGAAGCAAGCCAAUUCCAUUCAAUUGGCUCAUGUUAGAGAUAUGGCGGGGAUGCGAAGGGGGGAUGGUGAAGAUUGGCUCACCUGGAAUCAACGCACUCUCCGCCGAACUCGGGGGAUGCUCUUCCGCCACGGGAUCACCAAGAAGCACCCUGCAGCCAGUAGAUGGUCCACAUUCAUUCUGGAACAGAUCUGGGGAUUGUUGGGACAUAUGUGCCGGGGAGACCCUGUCGGGGGACAACUCCUCCGCUGGAGAUGCCUCGCAUGGUGGAAUGCCAACCGACCACCGUAUGGCAACAUCAGACACGCGGGGCGAUUCAACGCGUACAUGGACAUUGACCGGCAAGUCACCUCUAUAGCGGGGGAGAACUGGCACGACAUUGCCAUGGACAGAUGCCAAUGGUCUGGGCUUAUGCAAGCCUGGCUCGACAAAUAUGAUGUACCAUGGGCAUCGGGACGACAGACAAGCAUCGCGAACCUGGCGCCACACAGGGGCACAAGCCCAGACAGCCGGGGGGAAGAACCCAUUCCUCUCCCACCUCCGACUGCUUGA